CUGGCCGCGGUCCCAAUGUCCCCGGGCGGCCCGCCGAGGGGCGGACACAGGGCGUAUUAUAAAGCAGCGGCAGCGCUCGCUGGAGCACUGCGGAGCCUAGGGCGACGGCGGAGCAGGAUGGAGAUCCCGGUGCCUGUUCAGCCGUCUUGGCUGCGCCGCGCCUCGGCCCCUUUGCCUGGGCUGUCGGCUCCCGGGCGCCUCUUCGACCAGCGCUUCGGCGAGGGGCUGCUGGAGGCCGAGCUGGCUGCGCUCUGCCCUGCCGCGCUGGCCCCCUACUACCUGCGCGCACCCAGCGUGGCGCUGCCUACUGCCCAGGUAUCGACCGACCCCGGGCAUUUCUCGGUGCUGCUGGAUGUGAAACACUUCUCACCCGAGGAAAUUGCCGUCAAGGUGGUUGGUGACCACGUGGAGGUUCAUGCGCGCCACGAGGAGCGCCCGGAUGAGCACGGAUACAUUGCGCGCGAGUUCCACCGCCGCUACCGCUUGCCGCCUGGCGUGGACCCUGCGGCCGUGACGUCCGCGCUGUCCCCCGAGGGCGUCCUUUCCAUCCAGGCCGCACCUGCGCCGGCCCAGGCCCCACUGCAGUCGCCGCCCGGGGCGGCUGCCAAGUAGGGGUCAGGGCACACGUGAACCCUGGGAGCCGCCUCAGCGCCCCCGCCCUUUUAAAGCCGACCUGACUCCGCCCAACCAGAUGUCCCCAGCGCGCGCCAAGACUAUCCGCCCACCCAGUCUGGGAUCUGCCUUGAACCUUCCAACCUACUCAUCCCUGAUAACUUACUUUCCACUGACCCUCCGGUUCUCACACCCUCUCGUACUUUCAAAUCUCCAGACACCUCUCUAACUUCCAGACCCUACAAGCACAAUCCCUCAGCUAGUCUCUCAUCCCCACCAACCCCACUUCGCAUAUAACCCCACUUCAAACUCCCUAUUUCCGUUUGACUUUUCUAAGAAAACAUCCCCUCACCCCAUUUCAAUCCCACCCACCACCAAAGAUUAUGGUGUAGGCAGCCCUGCCCCCACCCUAGGCCAGUCAAGCAUAAUCCCCCCUUCUCAGAUGUCCAAGACCCUGCGCAGACCUCCUACCCCGGACCAUCCUGGCCUGGUCCCCAAGACUGGAUCCUUCCCCUCAUUCCAACCAGAUACACCACUUCUCCUCACCCUCUCCCUUCAACCCAUUCUCUAACCUGAAACCUCAGCCAGCCACUCCCGGAUCCUUGAACCCCUUUUCUGACCCUACCCGUGUACCCCUAUUCUAAGCCAACCAGAACCCUCAGCCUCAAACUGUAUAGAUACCCAUCCCUCCUCCCCAGAGUCUGCAGAUAUCCCACGCUAUCCAGAACUCCUCAGUCACUGUCUUGACCCCCCAAAUCUCCAACCACACCACCCCUCCCCUUAUUCUCCAAGACCCAACCAAGCAGCCACUUUCUUUAAUUCCCUACAAUCUUUCUCCCUCCUCAAAUUCCCUGAUGCCCCAUCCCCCCACCUAGGCCCACUCCCCCAAUAAAUGUGCUAGAGCUA